AUGGCGACGCCGUGGGUGCUCCUGUAUCGCGCCGUCAGCACGGAGCUCGCCGCCGGCGCAGCGGCUGGAGCGCCAGACUUCACCCUCCCGGUCGCGCCGCUGCCCGGGGUCGCCAUCCUCGCCGCGGGCCGCAGCGCCCACCCCGACCCCAACCGCCUCGACGGGUGCCCCUGGAUCAUCGCCGCGGCGCCCGACUGCCUCCUCGCCCACUUCGCCGUCGCGCCCUCCAUCGGGCUCUUUUUCAGCGACAACCCCCGAGACACCCACCUCGUCAUGGCCCGCCACUUUCGACGAACGGCCGACGGCCAGAUCACGGCAUCCGCCGAGCGCGUCCCCGACCGCCCGGUCCGCCCCGGCCUCGUCCCCCAGCUCUCCAGCAUCUUUAGCGUCGGCCUCGUCCCCAACGCUGACGGCAGCUUCACGAUCGCCGAGCUCCAGGUUCACAGGGGCAGCGACCGCGCCACGCUCAUCUCCUUCCACUCGGGCUACCACGAGUGGUACGACGAGAACGUGGAGUCCCCGUUGCCUGCAGAGGACCGGGACCGGAAGUGGGCUCCCCACGGCGCCGUCGUCCUCGAGUCCACGGUGUGGUGGUUCGACCUCUCUUGGGGGAUCAUCAGCUGCGACAUGGAGGGGGACUACGAUGCUUUGCUCUUCCACCGCCUCCCGCCGAACCGUGCCCUGCCCGCGGCGACGCCGCGCAUGCUCGACCAUCGCUGCAUCACGAUGAGCCAAGGCGACCUGCGGUACGUGGAGAUCACCCGUGAGGCCGGUGCAGUGGCGGUGCACAUGUGGACGAUGGUCUUCGGUCAGGGAGGGUGGGAGUGGGAGAAGACCUACUCGGUGAGCUUCGAGGAGAUCUGGAACGACGACAGCUACAGGGCGACCGAGCUGCCACGGAGGGUUCCCGUGCUCGCCGCCGUGUGCCCGUCCGAGCCCAACUUGGUCUACUUCACCCUGAAGCAGCGCAUCUUCGGCGUCAAUAUGCACGGGCGCAGGGUUGUGCACGAAGGGCCCUAUAAUCUGGUGGUGAACAAAGGAACGCUGGCGCCCGAAGCCGCAGCCGGCCGCUUCCUCCUGCCUUGGCACCUGCCACCCGAUGAUACCCCAGGUGCCGCAGAUAUUUUGAUAUACAUCUCAACCUAA